AGUCCUUAAAGUAGAGUUUCUGUCUAAGAUGGGACAAGCAGCAGCUUUACCUAACCGGAAACGUGGUACCUAUGUCACAGAGCUCCACGAGUGGUAUAGAAAGUUCAUCAAUGAAUGUCCCAGUGGACUGAUAACACUGCAUGAAUUCCGGAGACACUUCUGUGAUGGCACUGUGGGGGCAGAGUCUGCAGAAUAUGCAGAGGAGAUAUUUAGAACUCUAGAUAAUAAUAGGGAUGGGAUUGUAGAUUUCGGGGAAUAUGUGACUGCCAUCAGCAUGCUGGUACAAGGAACACCAGAAGAGAAGCUCAGAUGGUCAUUUAAUCUCUAUGACAAAGACAAAGACGGUUUAAUCACUCACUUUGAAAUGUUAGAAAUUCUGAAGGCAGUCUAUAAAAUGAGCUUGGCAGCAUCACAUACCAAUGUGGACCCACAGACUGCCGAAGAAUGUACUAACCGGAUGUUUGUCAGACUGGACAAAGAUAAAGAUGCUGUUAUCAGCCUUCAGGAGUUCAUUGAAGGGGCUCUAGAUGAUGAAUGGAUUCGCAAAAUGCUGGAAUGUGAUCCCAGUACAGUCAAAGUCCACACAGACAAAAGUUAGAAAUUUGCCUGCCCUUCAGAUAAUCUUUCAUUAUUUUCAAUAAGCAAUUCUCAUUUGAUGAUUCUUGGAACAGAAUACUGCCUCCAUAUGGUAUUACCAGAUACUAUGCAUACAUCACAAGUACACUAAUUUGAAAUGCGCUUCUGUUUUGUGCACUGUUCCUGCUAAGAUUCAGCAAGAUACUUUUAAUGUCCUACUAGAUGCUUAAACAUGAUAUCAACAGUAUUAAGUUACCUGAUUGGCUAUGUCUGUAAUCUUAACACAUUACUCUAAAUAAAUGUAUGCAUGCCUCUCAACUGGCUAGAGCUUUGCAGAAUGUCCAGCUUCUGCUUUAGAUUUCUUGUCUCGUCCUCAUAAAAUUUGUGGUUUUCUGACAAAUCACAGAGGAUUAAAUCACUAAAUAAUAACAGAUGUUGGAGUUUUAAACUUCUUAUCCUUCAAAAAAUUUAUACUAAUGCAAAACCUGUUAUUCUAGCAAGUUUGUAAGCUUAUAAGAGCAAUAUUUAAAAUAUGUCUCUAUUUUUGGGUCUUUGCCCCACCAUUAGUUUUGGCUCUGUCCAGGUUUAUUGCACUCAGAAGUUGAGAGGUAUGAAUGCAUGCAGCAUGUAUAGUGACAUCAGGUAUGCCACAACAUGACCAUCUUUGACUUUAUUAGUUUGGGGAUUCCUGUUCAUGUUACUGUAACUUCUUUUUCUUUGUAAAAGUCUGAUGCACUCUAUAAAUGGCUUAAUGUUAACAAUAUAUAAAUGUGGCAAGAUCCCUUACUAUUCAGUUUUUCAUGUGGUUAAAGCAAGGAUCAUGUUUUGAGUUCUGUAUACUUAAUCAAUAAAAUAUACGUAAGCAG